AUGAACAUGAACGACGAUAUAGUCCUCAAUCUCGAAGACCGAGCUCACACUCCACCAGGAGAUAUUCGGCAAUCUAUCGAGCAUCCCACUGCAGCCGAAGCAAGAGAUGAAGUGGACAUCGGCCCAGAUGCAGCUGAGGCCACAAUGCGCCAGUCGCGACGACGACCCAUUAGACUGAUACCUCUAGACGAUGCGACUGUGUUGCAGAAUACCGAGCUAGCCAACCAUAUGAAUGAGUAUCUGGAGAAGAUGGCUUCUGCUGUCGAACAACAGCAGAGCAACCAGCUUUCCCUCCAGGCCAAGAAAAACGCAGCCUUCUGGGUUUUCGGCAAGGGAAUCGGCUCCGUCGGUAUAGGAGUGGGCGUCACCCAGUUUGCCCACCCUCUGCAGCUUUUCUCGGGAGAAGAGCUAUAUGAUACUCUGAGCCCCUUUGCCAUUCCAAAGAAACGCAAACGUGGUCGUCCAGCGGGCAAAGAAGGUGAUGCGGAGUCAGAAUCACGCCGUGUGCGCGCACGAGAAGAGCUCGAAGAGCAGGUUGGCCGUGGCGACGACGAUGGCGUUGUGAACUGGCAAGAGGUUUGCAAACCACUGCUUCAUGUGGACUUUGGAUCCAUUACUAAUGGACCUAUUCUAUAG